GCAGAACCAGAGGACAGGAGCCUCAGAUGAAAGAAACUAUCAUGAACCAGGAGAAACUCGCCAAACUGCAGGCACAAGUGCGCAUUGGUGGGAAAGGAACUGCUCGCAGAAAGAAGAAGGUGGUUCAUAGAACAAGCCACAGCAGAUGACAAAAAACCUCAGUUCUCUUUAAAGAAGUUAGGGAUAAAUAAUAUCUCUGGUAUUGAAGAGGUGAAUAUGUUCACAAAUCAAGGAACAGUGAUCCACUUUACCAACCCUAAAGUCCAGGCAUCUCUGGCGGCAAACACUUUCACCAUUACAGGCCACGCUGAGACAAAGCAACUGACAGAAAUGCUCCCCAGCAUCCUAAACCAGCUUGGUGCCGACAGUCUGACCAGUUUAAGGAGACUGGCUGAAGCUCUGCCCAAACAGUCCAUGGAUGGAGAAGCACCACUUGCCACUGGAGGGGAGGAUGAUGAUGAAGGUCCAGAUCUUACGGAGAAUUUUGAUGCGGCUUCCAAGAAUGAAGCAAACUGA